AUGUUCGGGGCGCGGUGCCUACUCCGAGCCCUGCGCUCCUGCUCCUCGGCUCCCUGCCCGAGGCACAGACCUGCAGCCAGAGUGAGCGUGCGGGGCGCUCUGGGGGUCCAGAACGCGAACGGGGAGCGCGUUAAGGUCCAGGGAUGGAUUCGUUCAGUCCGCUCCCAGAAGGAAGUCCUGUUCCUGCACGUAAAUGAUGGGUCAUCUUUGGAAAGCCUUCAGGUUGUAGCAGAUUCAAGCUUUGACAGUAGAGAACUGGCUUUUGGGAGUUCCGUGGAAGUUCAAGGGCAGCUGGUAAAAAGUCCAUCCAAAAAGCAAAAUGUGGAACUGAAAGCAGAAAAAAUUGAAGUUGUUGGCAAUUGUGAUGCCAAGGCUUUCCCUUUUAAAUAUAAAGAGAGGCACCCUCUGGAGUAUCUGAGACAAUAUCCUCACCUCAGGUGUAGGACCAAUGUUCUGGGUUCCAUACUGAGGGUUCGCAGUGAAGCCACAGCAGCUAUCCAUUCUUUCUUUAAGGACAGUGGCUUUGUGCAUAUUCAUACUCCAGUAAUCACAUCCAAUGACUGUGAGGGAGCUGGAGAACUUUUUCAAGUUGAACCUUCAAGCCAAAUAAAGGUGCCUGAGGAGAAUUUCUUCAAUAUUCCUGUUUUCUUAACUGUCUCAGGACAGCUUCAUCUAGAAGUGAUGUCAGGAGCUUUUACUCAAGUAUUUACCUUUGGUCCAACAUUCCGAGCAGAGAAUUCUCAGAGCCGGAGGCACCUGGCAGAGUUCUAUAUGGUAGAAGCAGAGAUUUCUUUUCUGGAGAACCUUCAAGAUCUCAUACAGGUUAUGGAGAGCCUCUUCAAGACUACAGCAAUGACAGUUCUCUCAAACUGUCCUAAAGAUGUUGAACUCUGUCACAAAUUCAUAGCUCCUGGACAAAAGGACAGGUUAGAACAUAUGCUAAAAAACAACUUUCUAAUCAUUUCUUAUACUGAGGCAGUGGAGAUCUUAAAGCAGGCAUCCCAGAACUUCACCUUCACUCCAGAGUGGGGUGCUGAUCUACACACUGAGCAUGAAAAAUACCUGGUGAAGCACUGUGGCGACAUACCAGUCUUUGUCAUUAAUUAUCCACGAGCACUCAAGCCAUUCUACAUGAGGGAUAAUGAAGAUGGCCCUCAGCAUACAGUUUCUGCUGUUGAUCUUCUGGUUCCCGGAGUUGGAGAACUCUUUGGAGGAAGCCUCAGAGAGGAACGGUGCCAUUUCUUAGAACAGCGAUUGGCCAGAUUAGGACUGACAGAAGCCUACCAAUGGUAUCUGGACCUCCGUCGAUUUGGAUCUGUGCCACAUGGAGGUUUUGGGAUGGGAUUUGAACGCUAUCUGCAGUGCAUCUUGGGAAUUGACAAUAUCAAGGAUGUUAUCCCUUUUCCAAGAUUUACUCAUUCGUGUCUUUUGUAG